CCUACGGGGUGUUCUGCAAAGGGCUCUCCCGCACGCUGCUCGCCUUCUUCGAGCUGGCCUGGCAGCUGCGCUCCAAUUUCCCGUACUUCUACGUCGCGGGCUCCGUCAUCCUCAACAUCCGCUUGCAGGUACAUUUCUAGAGUCGCGAUUACGCUAACGGUCUCUGGACCGGCAGAAUGGCGGACUCCCAGGAGGCCCCGCGACGGAGCGGAGCGGAGCUGUGGACGCGGCCUCCUUGGUCUCGCGAGAUUGGCCGGA